AUGUCUCUCGAUCUCUCUCACGCACCUGUCACCCUGCAUUCCGAUGGCACGCCACCUCGCGAGACCGUUGCCUUGACUCCCCCAAGAUCGGCGCUCCAUCUAACCUCACGAAAUCACUUUAACAAUCCGCCUACACAUCGUCGGGCAAACACCGAAUAUAUUGCAAGGCCACCACUCUUUGAAGAGGCCACCAACGACACGAUAUCAGCCCCGAAAACUACUGCUUGGACCGACACCUUCCCGAAGAAGAAGCUUGAAGCCAGAGCCAGGGUCUUGUCAGAUUGGUUUCAGGGGAAAUCGGAUCCAGUAGAUUUGGGACUGAAAAUGAGCACCAACAGUGCUUCAGAUGUGACCGGAUUGGAUUCCCGUCCAGCCCCAACAUCCAUGUCACAUACGAGGCAGAACUCCACCCCAACGAAUCGGUUUUCAUUCUUCGGCCUCCGGCGACAACCGAGCAAACCUAACUUCCCGGAGCCAGCAGACGAUGAGUUUUUGAACCUGGACAUCACUGCCGCUCUUUCACUACCCGAAACCGAUGAUACCAACGAGGAAGCACUGUAUGCCCUACGAGAUCAUGCCGACAAAGUGCUACGGCGCAUGCAGGAGGCCUAUAAGCAGCGCACUUUCGCCAUGCACCAGGCAUUGGUCGACAAGAAUGAAAAGCAAGAGGAGCUCGAAGAGACUCGCGCUAGAGUCGAUCACCUUAAGAUGCAGCUAGACGGCGUGGCCGCCAAGGUGCUUGAUCAAGAAAAAGCCAUGCAGGCCAUGGCCGAGGAAUUGGAACAAGAAAGACAAAUGCGAAAGAACGAGGAAUCCCGCCAUCGCAGUGGCGCAAUCCGUACCGUGAAUCCUGAUGACGACGUGCCUUCCAUGGCACUCCAAACCCCUCGGCGGGGAGGCAAGCGUGCUAGCCACAGCACCUUCACCAGCGACUCGGGCUUCGAGUCCGGUGAUGAGAGCGUUGCCGACAGCGUCUUCUCUCAGCGUGAGGGUCUCGAGUCUCCCACCUCCACGCUGACAGCGCCGUCUCCCAACAUGUCGCAGAUCGCCCUGUCUACGCCGACAGGGCCGAUGCCAACACCUACAAUCCAGAAGAACCUGGUCGCGGUCACAAGUGCACCACCUCCUGCACGCUCGUCGGCAUAUGAUCGGGUGUUGAAGGGUCUUGCUUCAACGCGUUUAGGUAGCUCUUUCGCUGGUAACGGCAACACGUCCAAUUGUAACAUCUGCUAUGGCGUACCCGCUUCCGAGGCCUGGAGUGUGAUGGGUAUUUUGCAAGAUGAGAAUCGGGGUCUGAAGACACGACUGGGAGAGCUCGAGGUUGUCAUUGAUGAUUGUCUAGGUCUCGUUGGACCUUGA